GCAGCAAAGGCGCGCGCGCAGGCAGGCGGGCGCUCGAGCGCGCGCUCAAGUCUUCCCAUUCAGCGGCGAGGCUGACCCUGAGCGCGCGGAGGAGCAAGAAGCAGCGCUUCCCUCGAGCUCUCCAGCCUUCCUGCCGAAGAGACGAGGGCUUCAUGGCGCUGCGGAUGCACGUCGCCAAGAUAACUGGAUUAUAGGACGAGCCAACAUUUUAAGGCCAGCCAAGAGAGUGGAGCAGAGAAAAAUGAACAACGAAGCUCAAUAUACAAGAUGCAGAGGGCCAUCGAAGUGAAGCAAGGGGGCUUGAAAAUGUCCGCGUGCAGUGAUUUUGUGGAACACAUCUGGAAGCCUGGCUCCUGCAAGAACUGCUUCUGCCCCAGAAACUUCCACCAACUGCCAACAUCGACGCCGCUGACGCCUCUUGACCUGGCAGGUAGCUGCGGUCUCAAUCAGAAUCUGAAUGGAACCAGAGCCAAAGGCGAGAGUACGCCUCUGGAGGGUGACGGCAUAAUUUCCUUUCCUUAUUCAAAGCCAACAAUUGCCGUUAAACCAACCAUGAUAAACUCAGAUGUCGCUGACGUGUGGGCAGACGGGAACCUGAAUGCAGAUAAUCCACAGGUUACCAAGAGGACAGCAUUCAGAAAACAUGCCUUGAUGAAACCCGGAGAAGAACAAAGUGCGUGCAUUGAGAAGUACAGCCAAAUCAUCUUAAGGAAGCCUGUAAUUCAGAAUGCUCCAAAUGACUGUAAUUCACACAGUCCUCAGGUUCCUUCGCUAAUUAGUUUGUCUGGUCUUGAAGGCAGAAGAGAUAAGUGUCUCACCUUCAGGAAUAUGACGUUUCCAAGUGAUGCAGGUACACAUGAGGAUGGUGUUGAGAAGCCCAGCAGUGAAAAGUUGACCUUGCCAUAUUUGGGUCUCUGUCACAAAUCACCCAUUUUUAGUGAUCAGUGUAUCAAUUCCUCCUUGAACUCUGAGCAAUGCCCUCCCUUCCACCAAAGAGCAGAGAGAUCACUUUUGGAGAAGACCAAUUUAUCCCAUUCCUCUGACUUAGAAAGUGAAGGUGGAGAGUACUGCUCCAUUACAAACUAUUGUGCUGAACCUCCCACCCACCAAGGCUUGGACAAUACUAAAACUAAAGUACCAUGGCUUGGAAAUGAAAACCCCGCUUCCACAUUUCAGAGGCAGGAAGCUGCAGUGAAUGGAAGAAUCGAGCCAACAGGCAUGGGUUUCAAUGAAAGGGGAACCCGACCCUUGAAUUCCGAUACGGAUUUUCAAGGGGAGAAGCAUUAUCCACAUGAUUAUAUAUAUAACCACCUGUGCUCCAAAACCAACAUGUCAACAUUCACUCCCGAGACUGUAAUAAAAAGCAGAAGUCCCUUUAGUUCACCCCAGGGAAAUCAUUCCAUUGCUUUGGUCAGAGAACAGGAACAAACUGAAGGCAAACAUAUAGAAAAUGUAAACAGUUCUGUACAACAAGAGCUUUCCUCUCAAAUUGACUCUCGGAAUGAGCCUAUCUAUGCAGAGAGUACAAAAAGGAAAAAGAUACAGCUAAACAAUUCCAACGUUUGUCCUUCUCCGUAUAGUCCCAGUCAUGAAAAAUCCCCACAUUUGAGCUGUGGAAGGGAAUUCCAAGAUUCUACUACACAAGUAGCAGCAACUAUUACCAUUAUGGCUGCCCAUGGGGAAGACGACAAUCGAACGAUCUUCCUUAGCAGCCCAGACUCAGCAGUUGGGGUCCAAUGGCCGUGCGUUAGCCCCAUUUCUAAUCCAGAGAGUGAGAAAGCAUCUCCUUUCUUUGAGCCCAGAGAGUUCCCUCAAGCAAAUAGUGAGAUGACUUCCAGGGAAAAUGGCUUGGAUCUUCAUUCCCAAAUAACUUGCAAAAAGGUGGUUGGCGACACUCCUGCUAUUCCCCCAAAGCUGUCCAAAGGGAGCUUACCUUGGGGUGAAGGGUCUCUCCUCCCUUCAGUCAGUUCCACUGCAGAAAUCCCUGACGGUAAAGACCAUGAGGAUCUUGACACUCCAAGGCAUGGUGGGAACAGCCCCGUCUUUGGGCCUUCAUCCUCACAGUGUUCUCAUGUGAACAGAAGCUUUCCAGAUGAGGCUGGCAAAGGUCCAGCACCCUCCAGCGCUGAGAGGAGACAGAAGUACUACAAUCUGGCCUGGAGUAAGCAGUGUAGGAUAGAAGAGGAAGAGGAGGAAGAGCAAGGACUCCUGAAAACUGCUCAAAAGGUAGAAAUGGAGAAUGGAGCCAUUAGCCCUUCAAGUACUUCUGAUUGCCAUCAAGGGGGGAAGUGCUCUGUCCAAGAGAAUAAACCCAGAGGAAUGAGCAAAUCGGCAUCUUUUGCUUUUGAAUUCCCUAAAGAGAAGAAUGGAAAUGAAUUCUCUCCCCCUCCUCCACCUCCAAAGAAACAAUCCAGGCAUUUUCUGAAAAUGAACCAAGGUAAAUCGGAGUUUGAGAGGCACAGCAGUGAUUCUGUGGAAAACCUCACUGCCCCUUGCCAGGGGAUCCAUGUCACUUUCCAAGCCGGCUCCACGGACAGUUUGAAUUUGGAAACAAAUGCAUUCACCAAUGGAGGACAACUGUGCAAAAUGAGCCAUGCAGGGAAGCAGGUCUUUCCUUCGGCUCCUUUAUCUUCAUGUCCCAGCAGAGACAGAACACCUUGCAAAGAUUUACAACCACCCCCUCUGCCACAGAAGAAAACAGUCAGCAGAGCUGUUUCAUCACCUGAUGGCUUUUACUGGGGACCAGCCUCUCCAGCUAGAGCAGCCAUCCCCCCAACCAGCCCCAAGCUGAACUUCAGCCAGUCGGAAAGCAAUGUCUGUAUCCGAGAAGAGUCUUCCUUUGGCUCUAACUUGGGGGUCAACCACCGGACAUUUUCCUCCUCUGAAUCCUUCGAGAAAGCUUUCAAAGGAUCCAAUUUCCCAUUUCCGUGUUCUAGUCAAAACAGCAAUGUCUGCUGUAGCCAGAACAAAAACUUGCCCCCUCAUUCUUCUUCCCAGCACAGUAUGUCCACUCAGGUGUCCUCCUCUGGCUCCAGCCUCCAGCUCCACAACCUCCUCAGUAACAUUGACAACAAGGAAGGGGUGUAUGCCAAGCUGGGAGGGCUCUACGCAGAAUCCUUACGCCGUCUUGUUUCCAAGUGUGAAGACUGUUUCAUGCGCGACCAGAAGAGUGAGCUGCAUUUUAGUGAGAACAACUGGUCGCUCUUCAAACUGACAUGUAACAAGCCAUGUUGUAAUUCAGGGGAUGCCAUAUAUUACUGUGCCACCUGCUCCAAGGACCCCUUGAGCACCUAUGCCGUGAAGAUAUGCAAAUCUCAAGACACAAAAGCUGCCACUUCCUGCUGCAGCCCCUCUGUUCCUGUUCACUUCAAUAUCCAGCAGGACUGUGGCCAUUUUGUCGCCUCGGUGCCCUCCAGCAUGCUGAAAAAUGCUCCCAUGGAGGGCCAGGGCCCCUCCCAUGUGGCCUCUGAGCAGGACUGUGUGGUCGUCAUCACGCGAGAAGUGCCCCAACAAACUGCCGCCGACUUUGUGAGGGAAAGCAGGGCCUUCCACCAAGCGAAGCCAGAGCUGUACGAGAGGCGGGUGUGUUUCCUGCUCCUGCAGCUUUGCAAUGGGCUGGAGCACCUCAAAGAGUAUAGCGUCAUCCACCGAGAUCUCUGCCUGGAGAACCUGCUGCUGGUGCAUUGCGGGCCUCGCCCCAGCAGCUGCAACAAAACCAAAGAGGACAAGCACUUGCCAAGGCUCAUUAUCAGCAACUUUUUGAAAGCCAAGCAGAAGCCAGCUGCAACCGAGUCGAAAGGGAAAAAGAACCAGGCCCGGCUAGCUCCUGAGAUCGUUUCUGCCUCCCAGUACAAAAAGUUUGAUGAAUUCCAAACCGGCAUCCUCAUCUACGAAUUGCUCCACCAGCCCAACCCAUUUGAAGUGAAGGCCCACCUCCGGGGACAGGAAUACAGCCCAGAUGAUCUCCCUCCACUCCCCAACCUUUCCAUCUAUUCUCGGGGGCUCCAGCAACUUGCUCACCUGCUGCUGGAAGCCGAUCCGAUCAAACGCAUCCGCAUUGGGGAAGCCAAGCGGAUACUGCAGUGUCUGCUCUGGGGACCCCGAAAGGACUUAAUCGAACAGCCGCUGAACCACGAGGAGGCCCUCCGUGGGGCUCUUCACAACUGGAUUGACAUGAAACGGGCACUGCUAAUGAUGAAAUUUGCAGAGCGGGCUGUGGACACUGAGCGUAGAAUUGAGCUGGAGGAUUGGCUCUGCUGUCAGUAUUUAGCCUCUGCAGAUCCAGCGUCUCUUUCUAAGUCCCUGACACUUCUUCAGCUACUUUGAUUUCCACAUUGUCUUUCAAUUGGGGGGCCAGUUCUGAGGGAAGUGGCAUCAAGAGCUUUAUUGGAGAAACUGAAAACAAUGGUACACAUCUUAAAUCUCCUUUGUGCAGUUGUAUUUGGGUAAGGCAUACCAUGGUUCAUAGACAAACACAUGCAAAAAGAUAAAAAAAAAACUGGUAGAUGUUUCAUGAGUGUUGUGAAAUUAUUGUGAGUGUUGUGAAAUGAUAAAUAAUGUACCUGCGACCUUC